AUGGAAAUUCGCAGCUUUGACCCUGAGGAUGUGAAGAGCAUUGCGACUUCCGCAGCUCGCCAAAUCCCUGCAGACCAGAUUGACUCCACUUUUAAGUCGCAGUACACAGAUCUCAUCUCCGCCCCUCUGGGCUCAAAGGUUCUCUCCUUCAGCGACGAAUGGUUUGCGGCCGCCGAGAACCUCCUUACUCCAACGCCCCCAAUUCGCAAACCAGGAGUGUUUGUACACACUGGAGCUUGGUACGAUGGGUGGGAGACGCGACGCCACAACCCUGAACCCGCAGACUGGGUUGUUAUACGACUAGGCACCGCAAGUGGCAAGGUCGCUGGUGUCGAAAUCGACACUGCCUUCUUCAAUGGCAACCACUCGCCCGAAAUUGCAGUUGAAGGUGCAUUCAUAACAGACGAGAAGGAAGAGGAGGCAGUCAAGAAGGCAGACUACACUGGCUGGGAAACUAUCCUGGCGAAGCAGGAGUGCGGGCCAAGUCAGCGACAUGGCUGGCUACUCGAUAGCAUCACGGAGAAAGCGUACACACACGUCAGGCUCCUCAUGUACCCCGAUGGUGGUAUCGCUCGUUUCCGCCUGUAUGGUGUCGCGGUACCAGUCUUCCCGCAAGAUACUUCAGCCGUCUUCGAGCUCUCGGCGACUGUCAUGGGUGGCGUUGCUACUUCCUGCUCAGACCAGCACUUCGGCACGAAAGACAACCUCCUACUACCCGGCCGCGGCAAGGACAUGGGCGAUGGCUGGGAGACAAAGCGCACGCGUGGCGAGCACGUUGAUUGGACCAUUGUUCGGCUGGGCGCGAAAGGAGAGAUUGAUAACAUUGUUAUCGACACUGCACAUUUCCGUGGCAACUUCCCGCAGAAGGUCCAGGUGUUUGCUGGCGCAUUUGAGAAGGAACCAACGCACGACGACAAGGAGUGGGUGGAGGUACUGGAGCCACAGAAGAGUGGGCCGGACAAGGUGCACGUGUACAAGGAUGAGUUGAAGGAGAUCAAGGGACGGGGAUACACACAUGCCAAACUGGUCAUUAUCCCCGACGGCGGCGUGUCGCGCUUCAAGGUUUUCGGAAAACGAGUGUAA